UGAAACAGCAUUUAUAAAUCCAAACUCAUACUGGAAAGUCACGCAAAUUCAUCAGCUGAAACAAACCCAAGACACACCAACAUCACAGCACAAUUGGAUAUUCAGUUGAUGACAAAAAAAACAUGGAGAAAAUUAAAAAUAUCUUUUGGGGAAAUCGUUCAUCAUCUUCUCUGUUAGACGUAGAAGCAAGGAGCAUACCAUGGGGGGACAGUGAAAGAGAGCGAGACCUGCAGCUUGUCAGAGAUUACAAGCCUCACAAAGAUGUCCAGCAUCUCAGAAUUCUGCUUUAUGGACCACCAGGUGCUGGAAAGUCCAGCUUCAUCAACUCUGUCGACAGUACUUUAAGAGGCAAAAUCGCAACUCGAGCUUUGGCAGCGGCAAACUCUGGUGACAGUUUCACCAUUGCAUGCACAACAUAUAAAAUUCAGAGAGAAAAGCCAGAAACGUUUUACUCUUUUGUCUUCACUGACACCAUGGGCCUUGAGAGGAGCGCUAAGGGAGGAAUUCAUGUGGAAGACAUCAAACUUGCCAUGAAUGGACAUGUAAAAGAAGGUUACAGGUUCAAUCCCAAAUGUCCCUUAUCUGAAACGGAUCCUAACUACAGAAGCUCCUCCACUUUAGAUGACAAAGCCCACAUUCUGGUUUUAGUCAUUCGUGCUGACUCAGUGAGCAUAAUCGAUGAUAUAACUGUGAGGAAGAUGAAAGAUGUCAGAGCAGCAGCUCGUGACAAAGGGAUCCCACAAAUAGCUCUCAUCACUAGAAUUGAUGAAGCCUGUCCUGAAGUCAAAAAAGACAUAAAGAACGCCUACAGGAGCAAGUAUUUGAAUCAGCUGAUGCAAACAGCAAGCAUGAACCUGGGUAUUCCACUGAACUGCAUCUUCCUCGUGAAGAACUACCACACAGAGAUUGAGACGGAUAACGAUGUGGAUUCACUGAUACUGAGUGUACUGAAAAAGAUCAUUGACUAUGGAGAGGACUACCUGAAUGACCAGAAUGAUCCUGACCUGUAAUCA